ACUUGGACGGAAUCACAGGUUUCUCAGACCAGAAAGCUCCAUUUGCUUUGCUUCGUUGACUCUCUCUUUUUAUCGAAAAUUUUAUCUGUCGAAUCAACAAGUACUAUGGAAAAAAGUAGAAAUCAUGUUUCUGACCAAAGUUCAAAGGGGAUUGCUAAAAGCACCAAGGAUCAGAAACUAAAUGUGUAUGUGUGGGACAUGGAUGAGACUAUAAUCCUGCUCAAGUCUUUGUUGAAUGGGACGUAUGCUGAGGCUCUUGGUGGUUCAAAGGAUGUUAAAAAGGGUAAAGAACUUGGCAAAAUGUGGGAGAAGCAGAUCCUUGAUCUGUGUGACCAUCACUUCUUCUAUGAACAAAUAGAAAACUAUAAUCAGCCCUUUCUUGAUGCGGUGAGUGAAUAUGAUGAUGGCCGUGAUCUUUCUAAUUAUGAUUUUGACCAAGAUGGUUUUGGUCCACCAUAUGAUGAUGGAAACAAACGGAAACUGGCAUUUAGGCAACGUGCUAUUGCCAAUAAGUACAGAGAGGGCCUGCAGAAUAUCUUUGAUCAACAGAAGAUGAAGCUUUGGGAAGAAUUAUAUGAAAUGACUGACGUCUAUACAGAUAGAUGGUUCUCCUCAGCUCGAGCCUUCUUGGAGGAUUGUUUGUUCUCAGAUAAACCACCACUUGCCUCUGCUGAUGGGACGUGUAACACUGCUUCUAGAAGUUCUCAGCAUGUUCAUGUCUUGGUGACUUCUGGAUCAUUGAUACCCAGCCUUGUGAAAUGCUUACUAUUUCGGCUCAAUGAUCUAAUAACACCUGAAAAUGUCUAUAGUUCAUGGGAAGUGGGAAAACUGCAAUGUUUCCAGUGGAUCAAGGAGCGUUUCGACAGGCCAAAUGUUCGUUUCUGUGUAAUAGGCGAUGGAUCGGAAGAGUGCGAAGCUGCACAGUCCAUGAAAUGGCCAUUUGUUAAGAUUGAUCUGCAGCCUGGAAGUCCUCACAGGUUUCCUGGUCUGUCUUUGAAAACACUAGGCUAUUACUUCUCUGUUAUUUAUGGUAACUCUGAUUCUACAAGCGAUGAAGAAUAGUUCAUUUAAUCAGCAACAGUUAAGCAGUAAUUUUCCAGGCUUUAAUUCAGUAAUUUUACGAGUUACAACGGUUAAAUAUUAUGGCUGUCAUUUAUACUCAAAGAUUUGUAUGUAAUCAAAAUUAUUAGCUCGCCAUAAUUAGGCUGUGGUUUUUCUCCAUACUGUACUGUACCUGUAAUCAGAGAAUCCAGUGAAACUCACUGGUUUUUAUACUGAUUGUAUUUAUCAACUUUCAGUGGCUGUAAUCUCAAUUCCGAGAAUAUGAAACUUGGUCAUUUUAAGCUGCUUUUCUCAUUUA